GUGAAGAUGACGGCUGAAUACCUUCCCACCUAUGCAGUUCCUUUCGCGCCUCCAUUGGCUGUGUCGUCGUCGGCUGGCUCCGUCGCUCCGUCGUCUGGUUGCAUCUCCGUUGGCAGAGGACACUUCUGGAUUUCUCCACUGUAGGGUAUCUUUAUCAAACUUUUCAGUAUCCUUACUGUACUGAUCUCUACCAGCAUUGACGAAAAUUUUGAUAGCUUGAUCCAAAGUCUUUGAAAAGCAACCACAAAUGAAGAAUAUUCCUCUAAUAUUAAUGGGUUGUGGAGGCGUUGGGCGUUAUCUUCUCCAACACAUUAUCAACACCCGUUCUCUUCACUCUUUUAAGGGAUUUUACUUAAGAGUUGUGGGAAUUUGUGAUAGCCAAUGUUUGGUUGUCACAAGGGAUUUGCUGCACAAGGAUUUGGAUGACAGCCUCUUAUUGAAAGCUUGUCAAGUCAAGAAAAAUGGUUCCUCUCUAUCAAUACUUGGAGAUUUUGAUAAAUGCCAGGUAUAUGGGCAUUUAGAAUCACAAGAAAAAAUUUUGGAAAUUGCCUCUCAACUUGGAAAAUCAACAGGUCUGGUCUGUGUAGAUUGCUCUGCCAGUUCUGACACUGUCAUUAUGCUAAAAGAAGUCAUUCAUAUGGGUUGUUGUAUAGUUCUGGCAAAUAAAAAACCUCUUACAUCUACAAUGGAGGAUUUUGAAAAGCUUUUUGCAUACCCACAUCGAAUUCGGCAUGAAUCAACUGUUGGUGCUGGACUCCCUGUAAUAGUAUCCCUCAAUCGCAUUAUCUCUUCUGGAGAUCUUAUACAUCGCAUUGUUGGGAGUUUAAGUGGCACAUUGGGGUAUGUGAUGAGUGAGGUUGAAGAUGGGAAGCCAUUGAGCAAAGUUGUUAGAGAUGCUAAAACUCUAGGUUACACUGAACCAGAUCCUCGUGAUGAUCUAUCUGGAAUGGAUGUUGCUAGAAAGGCUUUAAUUCUUGCUAGAAUUCUUGGGAAGCAGAUUAAUCUAGAUGACAUUAAGAUUGAGAGCUUGUAUCCUAAAGAACUGGGACCCGAUGUGAUGAGUGUUGAAGACUUUCUGGACCAUGGCAUAUCACGUAUGGAUGGAUAUAUGCAAGAGAGAGUUAUGAAGGCAGCUUCUAAUGAGAAAGUGUUGCGCUAUGUGUGUGUGAUUGAGGGACCCAGGUGUGAAGUUGGCAUUCUUGAGAUUCCGAAGAAUUCUGCUCUAGGAAGACUGAGAGGAAGUGACAAUAUACUGGAAAUAUACAGUCGAUGCUAUAAGGAGCAACCACUGGUUAUUCAAGGUGCUGGAGCAGGCAAUGACACUACUGCAGCAGGCGUCCUUGCAGAUAUUAUAGAUUUGCAUAAUUUGUUUCCCUGAGAAAGAACUGUCUGGAUCAUUUAUAUUAAUAUUUUUUCUCAUUUUUAAUUAGGCGGCAGAGGAUUUUUUGUUACGGAGAAGGUUUUGACUGAUAUCAUACUUGUGUGACUUUGUGACAUUAUGUAAGCCAUGCUGUGAGACUACUCAAGUUGAAUCAACUUCGCCUCAUCUCUCUUUCC